CAUCCAGCGCAAUUUACUUCCGCGAAUACAACAUUCGCUAUCACGCUGCUGAAAAUUAUAUGCGCUUUGUUUUCGGCAUCGUUUCCAAGGGAAGCUUGUUGUUUCAGCACUUAGAUACGGCUAAGGAAGGGCUUAGCCACAGUGUCAGAAGUCAGUUAGUCUGGCUGCAUGCAAUUCCUCCUAGCUUAAAAAAAGGCACGAUGUCCGUGGUGGUUCAGAGUAGCCUAGGCUAUGUUGUGGAUGCGCGCUCACUCAUUGACCAAAGCUAUGUGCGGUGCACCCGCUUUACAGAAACUGAGAAGUCUCACGUCAAGUGCAGUUUUAAAAAGCAAUGUUUUCAGAUUUUUAAAAGCCAUUAUAGCCACGGUGCUAGUGCUGAUAUGGAUGAAGAAAACACGAAUAUGUUGCAAAAAACUGACAAAUCAUCGAAGAAAAGGAAGAGAAAACGCAGUCAACUGAACCAGGGGGAAAUUGAUUCACAGGCCUUCCAUGAGAAGAUCAGAUCUAUUGUUCUGGAAGGAACAAAGGCCUUGGUGGAUUCAGCACAGACCUUUGGAUACCUGAAUGGAGAGACAGACACGAUGAAAGAGCCUCUUCCUUCCAAAGUGUGCAGCCUUGCAGCUCUUUGUGAGAUGGCUAAAGAGCUUCCUCUAGUGGACGUUCAGGAGCAGGAGGAGUCCUCUCAAUUACUUGUGACACAGGAUGGUUUUUCUUCGCAUGUUGACCUGUUCUCUCGGGUGACAGAGAACAAGGAGGACUGGGCUGCAGCAGUUACACUGAUGGGGGAGGAAUAUGUCAUACCACCCCACACAGCCUUCCUGCUUUCUGAUUUCACAAGAAUACAACCACUAAUUAGCUAUGGAAGGCGAUUUAACCUCAUUGUUAUGGAUCCACCAUGGGAAAACAAGUCUGUAAAAAGGAGUCGCAGAUACAGUUCAUUGCCCUCAUCCCAGCUGAAACGGCUCCCAGUCCCCCUGCUGGCAUCUCCAAACUGUUUAGUGGUUACUUGGGUGACAAACCGGCCCAGCCACCUGCGCUUUGUCCGUGAUGAGCUGUAUCCACACUGGGGUGUACAGGUUGUGGCUGAAUGGUUCUGGGUCAAGGUCACCACAUCUGGAGAGUUUGUGUUUCCACUAGAUUCACAGCACAAGAAGCCGUAUGAAACGCUGGUUCUGGGUCGAUAUCGUUCUUCUGCCAAUAUCUCCAUAAGGUCUUAUUUAAGACUUACGUUUUGCUUCAGCACCUCAGAGAUACCAGAGGUUCCCAUAGAAGAUAAGCGGUUGAUCAUCAGCGUCCCCUCAGCCCUCCACUCCCAGAAGCCCUCGCUAUCAGAGGUGCUGAAGCCAUAUGUUGGAGCUGAAGCCAAGUGUUUGGAGCUGUUUGCCCGAAAUCUUCAACCUGGAUGGACCAGCUGGGGCAACGAGGUGCUAAAAUAUCAGCACACAAGCUACUUCACUGUGACACCUGCAGAUGAUCAAGCAAAUGCCUCUAAAGAUGACUGUACAGACAAAUCUGAUCUCACACAAGGGUUCAGUUCACCUGGAAAAACCUGUCCUCCUCAUCACUGCGCCUCAACUAUGAACUAAUGACUGAUGUUCAACACUUGUCGCAUCAGUUUCUCACUGUGUUUAAUAAAGAUUCAGCACCAAAGUUUGCUUUUGCAGCUCCGUUUGAUCUGUAAUCUUCAUGCAAGUAUAAACUUUGAUUUCUUUUUUUUUUUUUUGUUCAGGGUACAUUUUAAGGUGGUGAAACACAAGUCUGAUGAUGCAGUCGGAGAGAUGAAAGAGCAUGUUUGUGCAGCUGUUUUGAACCCAGCUACUUCCACACAGCAAUCAGACACACAACACAUGAGAAGUCACUGGCAAAAUGUGGGUCUUAAUGAUGAUCAAAGUAUUUCUAUUUUUAUUUAUUCUAGGCUGUUUUGAGCUGAAUUUCUAAAUAUUUGCUUCUCUGGAUGAAAGAAAGAUUUUCACACAUAUUAGCUUGCAAGUGCUUUAAGAAGUUUUGCUUAAAGAUUUUCUACUUGGACACACAAUGGUGUAUCAUCUACUGUUCCCUUGUACUGUCAAGGACAUCUGGGCAAUUUGGCCCUUAAUUCUCCUCUUUGCCACUGAACGAUGUGCUCUUCUGUGUCACACCUCCAACCUGCCUUCCCUUGUUGGUCGGGGCUUCUCUAAUGAGUCUGGUGGUGGUGUUGUGUGGAUGAGCAGGGCUACUUCUGAGGAAGAUGAGGAUGAGUUAUGGCCACUGUGCCACAGCGCACAUCAUAGCUAAUGAAGCCAGAAUGUGACUCCAGUAGAAUCACUUAGAUAGCUUUUCAUGCUGUCUAUCACAGCAGAUAUUACCUUGACAUGUAUAGGAUAUAAAGUAGAGACAUGCUUUGUUUUGGAUUGUUUUGAAUUGUCUCAUUAUGCCAUUUUAGAAGAAAUUACAAUUAAACAUGCUACAAUUAAGCUAUGAACAUGCUGACAAAAAGAUUGCAGGUUUAAAUUAUUUAAAUAGUUUUCCUCUCUUUUUAGUUGGUGUGUGAUAUAAGAAAAAUGGGAAGUCCUUUAAAAAUAUAUACUAUAUUGUGCAUAAUUAGAUGAUCCAUAUUAAUGUCACACACAAAUUUUAAGCCAUUUGAUCAUCACCUUUUCCAGCUUGUUGGUAAGUCAAGCUCUGCACCUACAGCAUUACCGAUGCUAUCACAGCUAACUUCUUUUGGAGGCCCCAUAGUUGGCUGUGUCGGAUCUGAACCCCUCUUCCCACAUGUAGCUGACACUUAAAGAUACUAAUUAAAAAAACUUUGCCCACAACCAUACAUAUUAAGGCUGGCUGAAGUUCUACCCUGAUUGUGAUCUAGCAAAUCUUGUUAAAAUCCAGCUGCUUUAAAAGGGUUUUUAUUUUAAAUCCUGAGCUUUGAUGAAUAAUAAAUUAAGUCUGGAAGGUGCAGCAUAUGCUCCAUAGCGAUGAUGGCUCCAAGAAUGUGCAUAUUGAAUGUCAGUGUGCCAUCAAAAUGAGUCAGAAGCAUGGAGUUUAAGUGUUGCUUUAAAGACCAAUAGUUUUCUGGUAAAAAAAAAGAAGUUAUUGUCCAUCUGAAAAGUUCAGUCUUCCUAAGACCCUCCUUCUGUGUUUGAUGUCAUAGCCAGCAGGCAGGCAUAAUGCAAAUCUGUAUUUCUUCAUGGUGAUGAAUGUAAUAUAAAAAAAAUAGUCUGAACUGAUUAGAUGUUUCAGGCAAUAGUGCCUUAAGGGAGAAAUAAAACCCUUUGUUGUGGAUGUUGUAAUUUAUGGACUGAUUAUAUUUCACACAUUGGUCAUUGCAUCAGCAAAUAGUGAUGUCAAGAAAGCAUAACUACCAUUUAUACCAUGACUUGAGUUACGUUGGCUAUCUUCAUUCAUUCAACAGACUGUGUGACUAGUGGAAGAAUUACACCGCUGCAGCAGAGGUAUAGCACUGGGAGUUGCACAGUAUAUAUAAUUUAUGUCAGUUUUACACACACAGACACACACACCAAAAGAAAACACAUUCAACAGUUAUAAUGUUUUUGUAUUUCUUUUUUGUAUUACUUGCAGCAUCUUUUUUUUUUUUUUUUUUUUUUUUUUAAUACUCUUUAGUAAUACAUCCUGCAAAAAUCGGGAGAUGCACAACUGGCUCGAAGACAUUAAAGAGACCAGGGUUAGGGAAUUAUGAUAUAAAAUGUGGGGUGUUUUUUUCCAUGCUUGACACAAUCUGCAGCAACAAGGCAGAAGCUCAGACCAAUCAGAGACCUUCAGUGGCAGCUACAUAUGAAUGGAUCUUAGAAGGGAUUCUCAAUAACUCCUAUUCACCACCUGGCUCUGCUUAUAGCUUGUAGUGCUUUUUAUAUUUUUUGGAUGAUGUUUUGAUUUUGCUCUGUAAAGCCCUUGGAUUCAUGCUGAAAUUUUAAAGGUGUUAUAAAUAAAGUUGAGCUGAGUUGAGCUGAUCAACUGCUGAUUGUGAUUCAUGCAAAAAAACUUUAUUACCUCAUCUCAUCCAUGCUUAAAGAGCAUCGCAGUGUGUUUUCAGCUCCUGAAUGAAGCUGAAAACACACAUUGAAUCUCUGCUUGUUUUUUUAAGUCACUUCAGCAGAAUACUCUAAGAACUGAAUAUUUAAACUGAUUCGAUCUCAUUAAAAAAUCAAUAUAUGCACACAGUUAUAUGCUCUGUCAUUCUUAUUAGAUUACAUUUGCUGAAUCAAUCUAAUCGAAUUAAAGCUCCAGUUACUGAACUUUUAUUUAAUUUCAUUUAAGUUAACUUGCAUGCAUUAAAAGUAAAGAUCAAGUGUCUUUUGUGAGAUUGCGGUAAAGAGGUACUUGACAGUGUCAAUCAGGUCUUCAAGGAUUUCUUCUUGUUGUCUCUGUUCCCAUAGAAACAACAGACAAUCAAGGAAAAGAUCCUUGAAUUUCACAGCUAACACUCCUUUGUGAAACUCGCCAUAAAUCAUUACAUUAAGGCAAACAAAGUUGUCUGGAUGACGCAUGUUUCUGCCUUUGGCUUUUCCCUGACAUUUUCCCUCCCAGAGUAUGAUCUUUAUCAUCCUUUGGGUUUACAGACUUUGCCAGCACUUCACCUGCAAAUAUUAAAAUCUUUUUAAGGGUUUUCAUAAUCUAUUUUUUAGGUUUCCAACUUAGAUAUAGCAGCUAUGAAUAAAUCUGCUAUUGCUUUUGUCUCUUGGAUACACAAGAGGAUCAAAUGUAAAAAACUGCAGGUUAUAGUAAAGCAUUUCUAAAACCUGCCUCAUCAUAUUAUUCAAAAUAUUAUUUUUCUCCUCCUUUGUUCUCCUCUUUCACUAAUACUUAUUUGCUAUCACUCAGCAUCCUAGGCUUUGUAGUGGGUCUCUAGAAGGCUACAAGAAUGAAGUCAUCAUUUCUCUCGCAGGCGCCAGUGAAAGCAAAGAGCCCUGUCAAACUAAAGAUGAAGCACCAGCACAGAGAUCUGGUUACCCUUUUCCCCGAGUUUCCUCUGUUCCUGAAGUCAGAACUGGUCAGAAAAUUAGUUUGUUUUAAAUGUCCAAAAGUGAUUGCUGUAUCACUCAUUUCUUCUUGUAUUGGUUGCUGUUGAGCUAACUAUCAUCUUCACAUGAAAUCAUUAAUGUGGGAACCGCCUAUGUAUGAUGACACAGCUCUGCCUGGUUUGGCGUCUGUAUGAGUUUUCAUUUUCUGACCUAGGCAUAAAUUGUCAGAUUA